CAGAGCCAGGGCAAGGGCAGUGCAGAGCAAAAGUGCACCUGUCAAAAAUGGAGGGUGGAGCGUACGGUGGUGGAAAAGCGGGUGGUGCUUUUGACCCAUUACAAUUUAUUCAACGGCCUCAAGUCAUCCUCAGGGCUCUUUGUUUGCUCUUUGCCAUCAUUGUGUUUGGAUGCAUAUCUUCGCAAGGCUGGAGAUACGAUAAUGAAACAAGCAAGGAAGUGUGUCUUUACAACAACGAUUCAGGCGCCUGCAACUACGGCACUUUCAUCGGUGUCAUGGCUUUCAUAGGUUCCAUUGUAUUCCUGGUUGGAGAGUUUUUGUUUGAACAAAUGUCCUCCGUCAAGACCAGAAAACACUUUGUCCUCGGCGAUCUAGGAUUCUCUGCAUUCUGGGCCUUCCUUUAUUUUGUCGGCUUUUGCUACUUGGCCAACCAGUGGAGCGAUGCCGAAACCCCAGAGGGAGGAUAUGGAGUGAGCAACGUGCAGGCCGCCAUCACUUUCUGCUUCUUCUCCGUGUUCACAUGGGCUGGCUGCGCAUGGUUUGCAUUCCAAAGAUUCAAGCAGGGCACAGGGGCUGCCUUCCAGGGCAGCUAUGAAGCAGAUCCAACUGCAGCCAACCAAGCCGGCUACUCCUCCUACCCUGACGCCGAGGUUGGUGGCUAUAAUGAGCCCCCCUUCUCAGGAAAUACUCAGGGCCAAAUGGGAGACUACUCUGCUCCUACAUAUUAAAAUUAUUGCUAAAUGUCGACGGCUAAGUAAGUAUGGUUGAAAAUUUUAAGUGCGGUCUGUACUUUCUCCAUUCCAAAGAUCCCUAAGUGUAAAUCGCUAAUUCGGUGUCAGGUUCCAAAGUUGAAAGAUCAAGUGGAAUGAACGCCUGAAAGAGAUUGGAGUAUUACACAUUUACAUAAUUUGUCUCUUCAGUGUUCUACAUUUACCAAAAGUGAAACGAGAUCUUAAUUUUUUUUUGCGAGAUAUAGCAAAUUGUUAACUAGCUGAAAGAGUCAUGUUUGUUAAUGUAAACAUAUUUACUCAAGCACAAUGAAAAAUUAUGAAAUACACGAAAAGCAAGCUAAUCUUGUAAAACAGUCAUAAACAGUAAGUAGCGACCCUCCUUACGUUGACUGAUAUUGACUAGUCUAUUUUUAUUCACUUAAUUUUACAUGUGAUUUGCAUAGCUCCAAUGUGUUGCUAGCAUAUCAUUUCCGCCAUUUGGUUUGCUCAUAUCAUAAGUUACACAACAUAAUUUUUGUACAUUAGCACUUAAUUCGAGCAAUUUGAUGCUUAUAUUUGGAAUCAGCUCUGAGAGAUUGGUGGCAACUUGUUGAAUAAGCGUUUAACUCAAAUGUGUAGGAAACGAGAGGUAACUGAUAUUGUAACAUUUGAUGUUAGAAGAUAGCAAUAACUUACAAAAAAACAAUAAGGGAAUCAGAAUUAAAGAAUUAAUAGCAUCAACUUGGUCAAAAAGUUGAAUGACAUGAAUAAUAUAUAUAAAUAUAUUUUGCCUCCGAAACGUAUUAAACACAAGCAAAAAAUGUAUAAAUGAAAAUCUUGUUAAUGCUGGUCUCAUAUUAUUUAUCUUUAUUGUGUUAUUUUUCCUACUUGAAGAUGCCAUACAAAAGCUACUUGUAGAGCAAAACUAUAGAGUCCUUCUCCACUGUCACAAGAAUAAGUUGAAACUUAAUGUGUGCAGCAAAAAUGUGUUCGUCUGAAUUCUCAAAGAUAUUAUGCAAUAUGUUUUGAGAAACAUAAUGGAUUUUAAAAAGAUCAGUUACUAAUCCCUAAAAAGAUUAUGAAGUCAUUCUACCUGGUUCAGCCAUAGGCAGGUAGUGUGCACUGCUGUAAUUUCAAGCAAAAAUAAAAUACAGUUUCCAUGUUGAAAUCAGCUCCCAAUAAGAAA